AUGGGCCCGGCCCGGCUGAGGCCGCUGCUGCUGCUGCUAACAGCCCGGCGGGCCGCUCCUCCCAGCCGGGCCUACGGGCCUGCCCCGGAAAGGAAGAGAUUUUAUCAGAACGUAAGCAUCACACAUGGGGAAGGUGGCUUUGAGAUAAACCUGGAUCAUAGGAAGCUGAGAACUCCCCAGGCCAAGCUGUUCACGGUUCCCAGUGAAGCUUUGGCCAUAGCUGUGGCCACGGAAUGGGAUUCCCAACGGGAUACCAUCAAGUUUUACACCAUGCAUUUGACCACACUAUGCAACACUUCUUUGGACAACCCAUCUCAGCGAAGCAAAGAUCAGCUCAUCAAAGCGGCUGUGAAGUUUCUGGACACGGACACCGUCUGCUACAGAGUGGAGGAGCCAGAGACACUAGUAGAACUGCAAAAGAACGAGUGGGAUCCAAUUGUAGAAUGGGCUGAGAAAAGAUACAAUGUCGAAAUUGGAUCCUCCACUAGUAUCCUGGGGCCCAGCAUCCCAGCCAAGACCAGAGACGUUUUCAUCAGUCAUUUGGCCUCUUAUAACAUGUGGGCCUUGCAAGGUAUAGAAUUUGUGAUCACACAGUUGAAGUCCGUGGUCCUGUCCCUGGGGCUGAUCGACCGGCACCUUACGGUAGAAGAGGCUGUGCUUCUGUCUCGGCUGGAGGAGGAAUAUCAGAUCCAAAAAUGGGGCAACGUGGAGUGGGCCCACGACUACGAGCUGCACGAGCUACGGGCUCGGACGGCCGCCGGAGCCCUCUUCGUUCACCUGUGUUCGGAAAGCUCCGUUACCAAACACAAGCUGCUGCAGGACUGAGCCUCCCCGACUCGCCAGGACAACAGGGAUGACCCCGGGAGGGGACAGGCGGUAAAGGACAACAUCUCUUCAAGCUGCCACCCAUAACACAGGUUGUGGAGGGAUGUCAGCCUCCGCUCCGCUUUCAAGGCGGGGGGCAUUUAAAAGACCUUCUACCCACAGCAGGGAAUAGCUCGGGACAAUCUACAACUGGUUUGGUCCUGGUGGUACCCUGCCCGCUUUUUUUCUUAUUAAAUAUUUUUCCAAGGCCAACC